AUUAGCUUUAGCUUCAACAUCUGAAAUCAUACACUCCAGUUCCAGUUCCAGACACCUCAGAGUGAAUCAGCACAGGUUGGAAUAUUGUCUCCAUCAGUAUGAACAACAGCAGUGACUCUGGGAUCUGCCUGCCCUCUGCUGAGCACAUGUCCAUCCCUGUGCUCAUGUGCCUGGUCUUCUUCAUGGGUUUCCUCCUUAAUGUCUUCAGUCUGUGGGUCUUCUGCUGCCGUAUGUCAUCAUGGAGCACUGGGACCAUCCUCCAGUUCUGCCUGGCUCUGAGCGAUGCCCUGGGUGCUCCUGUCACUCCACUCAUAGCUGUUUACUUUGCCAUGGGGAAUGACUGGCCUUUUGGAAAGGUGCUGUGUACUGUUAAGAUUGCUCUCCUGAGCUCCCAGUUCUACGGCAGCACUAUUUUCCUCACUCUGAUCAGCUUUCACAGGUAUAAAGUCGUGGUGCACUUCAACAAGAGCUCCAGAAUGAAAGACAAAAGCUUCAUCAAGAAGCUGUGUGCUGGAGUGUGGCUCUUCCUGAUAACACACUCUCUGGUUUAUGGAUUUGGUGUUCCUGCCACUAAAGAAGGAGAAGUUACACAUUGCUUCAGCUUCAGCCAAGUGUCUCUGAAAAACUCUUUCUUCAUCAUCGGUUGUGUUCUUGUCUCAGUUGGCUUCCUGAUUCCUCUUAGUAUCUCUGCCACAUGUUAUUUCCGAGUCAAAAACGCUCUCACUUGUCUAAACAACAUCACAGCCAAAAGUCUCAAAGUCAAACUCAAAUCCCAGAGAAUGAUCCAAAUGUGCCUCAUUAUAUUCAUCAUCUGCUUUCUGCCUAUGAACGUUAUCCGCACUACAGCAAUUUUUAUGAUGAAGUUCUAUCCUGAGCAUUGUCACGUGCUCCAUCAGUUACAGACUGCGUACUAUGUCUCAUGGAUUAUAGCUGGACUGAACUGCUUCCUGGACCCUCUGCUCUACUGUUUUGGGUCACAGAACUUUAGAGAUGCAUUUCCUUCUUUCCACAUCAAGCCAACAGAGCCUCAGCAAAGUGAUACAGAAAUGACACCAAAUGUAGGAACAAAAUAACUGCAGUGUGAGACAUUGUAUGUUAUUACUGAAUUAAAGCACUUUUAACUUUUCCAUGAGAGUCUGGCUGCUGAUCUCCACCCAGAAGACGCCCACCUCUACCAGGAUGC